ACCGGACGUGUUGACGUCAGAAGUUUAUACGUGCUGUCAUGGUGAAGCAGAUUAAACGGUUCACCAUUACAGUCAAGUUUGUUGAAAUGUCGUCUACGAAUAAAAAAGUGAUACAGGCCCUCGCGGAAACUAUCUCCAAUAAAGUGGGACACUUCAAUAAAAAAGAGGCGGAAUGUCUUAUCCAGAAAUUCAACACACUUCUGGAUGCACAGAAACAUCCUUAUAGUUCAGUUUCUGGUCUGGACAGAAACAGGUUGAAAGACGCCCUACACACCCUCUUUGAGAUGACCGACGACUUCAUUUUGGAUAGAGUCUUUAGGAUAUUUGAUAAAGACAAUGAUGGCUUUGUCUCUGUGGAGGAAUGGAUCCAGGGGCUGUCUGUCCUUCUUCGGGGCACUCUGGAUGAACAGAUGAAAUACUGCUUUCAAGUGUAUGACUUGAAAGGGGGCGGAUUUAUCACAAGAGAUGAGCUUUAUCUCAUGCUGAAGGACAGUUUCCACCUGGAUGAGGAGGAUGAGAUCAAUGAACUGAUGGAAAUUGUCCUCAAAAAGAUGGACCAUGACAAAGACGGCAGGCUGUCUUUUGAAGAUUAUGAAAAGUCUGUCAAAAAGGAGGAGCUACUCCUUGAAGCCUUUGGAAGCUGCCUGCCCAACUUCAUGAACAAGAAGAAAUUUGAGCAGCAAGUAUUAGAAAAGCAGCAAGAUGAGUAAACAAAAACAUUCAAUGUUCAACUUUGAGACUUUUUAUGAAGAGAGAAAUCAGAAAUCUUUUUCCUAAUGGUGUGAUUUUUAUUUUUACUUGACAAUUUUAAUGUAAACAUUGUUAAAUAUGUGAUGGUCGUCACUAAAAUGGCUUGAAUCAUAUCCGGCGACGUGGCUUAGCCUUCUUCUCUGCUGGUUUGAAGUCUGGAACUGAUGCUGCCUAAGAAUAAAUAAAAUUAGUGAGAAUGAAUUGCACCAUAAUAAAGUUCUAAAUAUUA